GCAUCUGCCCAGGGAUUCCUUUCCCAGAGGGAUAACCUAAGCAUGCAGACUAGAUUCAAGUCAGAUGGAGUGAAGGGUGCAGUCAUUGGCAUUGAUUUGGGCACCACAAAUUCAUGCGUGGCAGUCAUGGAGGGCAAGAAUGCGAAGGUGAUCACAAAUGCUGAAGGAGACCGCACCACACCAUCCAUUGUGGCUUUUACAAAGGAUGGUGAGCGGCUUGUGGGUAUUCAGGCCAAGCGACAGGCAGUCACCAACUCUGGCAAUACAUUUUAUGCUACCAAAAGACUUAUUGGUAGGAAGUAUGAUGACUCAGAGAUCAAGAAAGACAGGGAUACUGUAGCUUUUAAGAUUGUACGAGCAAGCAAUGGUGAUGCUUGGGUGCAGGCUGAUGAUGGGCAGAUGUACUCUCCAUCUCAGAUUGGUGCUUUUACCCUGAUCAAGAUGAAAGAAACAGCAGAGGCUUACCUUAAUACUGCUGUUAAGAAUGCAGUCAUCACUGUGCCUGCCUACUUCAAUGACUCCCAGCGACAGGCCACAAAAGAUGCCGGACAGAUUGCUGGAUUGAAUGUUCUUCGUGUUAUUAAUGAGCCAACUGCUGCUGCUCUUGCCUAUGGCAUGGACAAAACUGAUGACAAAAUCAUUGCCGUGUAUGACUUGGGUGGUGGAACUUUUGAUAUCUCGGUCCUGGAAAUUCAGAAGGGUGUCUUUGAGGUGAAGUCUACCAAUGGUGAUACUUUCCUGGGUGGAGAAGAUUUUGACAAUCACCUUGUUAAUUUCCUUGCUUCAGAAUUCAAGCGAGAGCAAGGUGUUGAUGUCACAAAGGACAACAUGGCAAUGCAACGUCUGAAGGAGGCUUCGGAAAAGGCAAAGAUCGAACUGUCUUCCUCCACACAGACUGACAUUAACCUGCCUUACCUUACCAUGGAUGCUUCGGGGCCAAAGCACAUGAUGUACAAGUUGACUCGAUCCAAGUUUGAGAGCAUUGUGGACAAACUAGUGAAACGCACUGUAGACCCCUGCCUCAAGGCUAUCAAAGAUGCUGAGUGUGGAAAGUCUGAGAUUGGAGAAGUCAUUCUUGUGGGUGGCAUGACCAGGAUGCCCAGGGUGGUUUCCACCGUGCAAGAUAUCUUUGGUCGUGCCCCAAGCAAGGCGGUGAAUCCUGAUGAAGCAGUGGCUGUGGGAGCUGCCAUCCAGGGUGGAGUGCUUGCUGGUGAUGUAACAGAUGUGCUGCUUCUUGAUGUGACUCCUCUAUCUCUGGGCAUUGAGACACUGGGAGGAGUCAUGACUAAGCUAAUCAACAGGAACACCACCAUCCCCACACGCAAAUCACAGGUAUUCUCCACAGCUGCUGAUGGCCAGACCCAAGUAGAGAUCAAGGUUCACCAAGGUGAGCGUGAAAUGGCUAAUGACAAUAAGUUGUUGGGCCAGUUCAGCUUGAUUGGCAUUCCGCCUGCCCCCCGUGGUGUACCCCAGAUUGAAGUUACCUUUGAUAUUGAUGCCAAUGGUAUUGUCCAUGUGUCUGCAAGAGACAAGGGUACUGGCAAGGAGCAACAGAUUGUGAUCCAGUCAUCUGGUGGUCUGAGCAAGGAUGAGAUUGAGAAUAUGAUCAAGAAUGCUGAGCAAUAUGCAGAGGAAGACAAGAAACGUAAGGAGGUUGUGGAGGCCAUCAAUCAGGGUGAGAGCAUCAUUCAUGACACUGAGAGCAAGAUGGAGGAGUUCAAGGAUCAACUCCCUGCUGAGGAGACUCAAAAGUUAAAGGAGCAGCUGACUACGGUGAAGGACCUCUUGGCAAACAAGGACUCUGCAGACCCAGAGGAAAUCAAGCAAAAGGUCAGCGAGCUCCAGCAAGCCUCACUCAAGCUCUUCGAGAUGGCCUACAAGAAGAUGGCAUCUGAGAGAGAGUCAUCAAGCAGCAGUGGCGAGAGCAAGGACAAAAAGGAAGGAGAGGGACAGCAGUAGAUGAUAUAAUGACCACUGAUUUGUCUAAAAACUUGUUCAGUCAGGGUUUUGGGGAUCUUGAGGGGGUAGGAGAAUUUUUUUUUUUUUACUGAAUUUAUAGAUUAAUAACCCCAAUCCUCUGAUAUUCUUGCUGAAGGAAAUGUUUCUCCAAGGGGACUGGUGAAUAAUGCUAUAGCAUCAUUGUAUGAGCGAAUGUAUGAUUUUGAGAUUGUUUGUCCUAGUGAAUGCCUGUGUAAAUAUUUGAUGUAAAUUCAUAUACUGGCAUAGACGUCUAUGUUAAUAUAAGGUUAAGUUACAAAUUUUCUUUGUAUAAAAAAGAUGUGUAUAUAUAUAUAUAAUGUUAACAAUAAAUUUUUUGUUAUAAAA